AUGUUUCGUAAAGUAAUUCGCAAUGGUCAAUCCUUGCUGAGGUUCAUGCCCCAGCAUCAGCUUCCGGCUGGAAAAAAACCACUGACUAUUGGAUAUUUGUCGAAUUAUGAUUUCCAUGAAGAAGAGGUUCGAUAUAUCAUAAAUAAUUAUCGAACUCUUGCGUCGCGAAAAAAUAUGAAAAUACGAUGUGUUCCGCGGCAAUUAUUACGGCCGUUUGCUCGCUGGUACAACGAGAAUCCACUCUGUCUACCUAAAAUAAUACAUCAUGACUAUCCCUUUCGUCGGACAAAACGAAGAAUACGUUCGGCUUUCAUAGAGGCCUUGGAGCGCUCGUACAAUGGAGAUGGUGCCUUGAUUCCCAAGGAAAAUGUGGAUAUAAUCAUUCAAGUGUUUGAUGACUUAAAUGAAGUAGCUCCAGAAGAACUCUUCUACAGCGUUCAAGGCCUAUGGAAAUCUGCUAUAGCAAGGUAUCCAAAACAGAUUGCACGACCUUGUUCGCAAGAGACUUCUUCGAAAACGGAGAAUUCGAACGAUCAGUCUAUAUAUGAUUAUGUGAAAUAUUGGUUAGAAAACAACGGGAAAGCUGUUGAUCAUGAGGCCCUUCAUCUAGCCAUGAACGUGGCCAAUGUAAUACGGAAGCAGCCCUUCAUUUGA